AUGGAGCCACCUAUUGGAAGCAUGUGGGUCAGCUUGUGUAGCCUGCUUGGAGGAGUGUGGUGGGUGGUGGGGGAGGGGAUGCUGAGUGAGCAGGUAGCUUCCUUCCCACUCCUCGAGGAAGUCCCUGAGCAAGCUCCCACUCUCUGCUCCUCCCCUCUAGCCUCGCCAGGGUUUAGAGGACGCCAGUGCGGCUGCGUAGCACCCCCUGGCGGCCUAUCCUGGAGCGCACGCGUCGCCUUAGCCCCGCGCUCACGGAGCAUGCUCCGUGGUUGCCGCCUCGAGCUGCCUCCUGCGACGCUUCGUCUCUUCGGGGGAAGUGGGGACAUCUCGCCCCGACCUUGCCCCUUCCCUCCCCCGCCUCUCUCCAUGGACCCCGUUUUCGGGGCUGUGGACCUCCGGCGCAAAGCCUUGGAGGAAGACAACGUUCCUUUUGAUGGUGCAAUACUCCAAAUCAGAGUUUACCAAGAUUUUAUUGACAUACCACCAGAAUGGCAAAACAUAGAUGACUUAAUUCCUGAGACUAAGCCUGCAGCAGUAAUAACUCACACAUCAAGGAAAUAUGAGCAGGAAGAAGAUACAUCUUUCUCUAGUAGUGAGGAUGAUGAAGAUGUCCAGUUAGAUGAACGAUUUAAGUACUAUAAGUCUCCACAAUCAUUUCAGCAUCAUUCUACAAGGAAGCUGUCAUCAAUCUCCACAGACUGGCAUGGAUAUAAAAAAAAGAAUCAUAUAUUUACUGUAGGAGAAGACAUCGGAUGUGAUGUUAUGAUUCAUAAGAAUUCUGAUGAGCAGAACAUGGAGGUUCCAAAAGACUUUAGAGCACCUUCCCCAUAUUGGACAAUGGUAAAACAAGACAGUGACUUUUCUUCUACUUCCUCUUCUACAUCAGAUGCUUUUUGGCUUGAAGAUUGUGCCUGUGCUCAACAGGAAAAGGACCAAUAUUUUACUACAUAG